AUGCUCUCACGUGUUGCUGCAGUGAAGGCACCCCGCACACACAACCGUCGCCGCGUGACCGGAUCCAGCGGGAGGAUGAGGGAAGGAGGAGAGAGUGAGCCGCAGAGGCGCAACAUGUCCCGGCAUCUCUUCUACUCUGCGGUGCUGCUCCUCGUUCUUGUGAUGAUGUGCUGCGGCACUGGAGGUGCUGCGGAAAUUGCGGGGCAGUCAUCGCAAAAAAAGUUUGAAUGGAAGGACGCUAAUGAGGGUGGUGUAACUGUGGAGUCGUUGGGUGUUCCCGGCCUUCUAAAAGUGGGGAGUGACGUGUUUGCCGUUGCUGAAGCGCAUUGCAAAAAGUCUGAUGUCAGCUUUACUGGCAUUGCAUCCCGACUUCUCACGACACUAAACGUUAACACGCCGGUGGAAGUUCUGAAGGAUCCUAAAGAUGCACAAUUUCUGGAAGACGGUUCCGCAGACUCAAAGAAGAAAGUAGAUGUGAGCCGACCAACAACAUUUGUGGAGGGAAAUGAUAUUUACAUGCUCGUUGGGAAAUGCAGCCGGACAGCUGCCACUAAUCCGAAUAAUGAUGCCGAGGACUGCGGACUUUUGCUGGUGAAAGGGAACGUCAGUGGUGACGAAAGCAUCAAGGGAAUCCAGUGGAGCGAUACCAAAAGCCUCCCGCAAACACCUUUCUGUAAGCAACACGAAUAUUUAACAGGACUGACUGGCGGCGGUGGAUCGGGUGUUAAGAUAAAGGACGGUACGCUUGUCUUCCCAGUGGAAGGCACGAAAAAGGAGGGUGAAAAGACCGUUUCGCUCAUCGUAUCUUCUCCGAAGGAUACUAAUAGUUGGAAGCUGUCGAAGGGGAUGUCUGACGGUGGCUGCGGUGAUCCCUCCGUCGUGGAGUGGGGAGAGAAGGAGGACAAAAAACUCAUCAUGAUGACUGCGUGUGCUGAUGGCCGCCGCAGGGUGUACGAGUCCGGUGACAAGGGGGAGUCGUGGACGGAGGCACUCGGGACAAUCUCGCGCGUGUGGGGCAACAAACAGGGCGAAGGAGCGAAGGCCGUUAGAAGCGGGUUCAUCACAGCGACGAUUGACGGUGUUAAUGAUAAGAGAAAUGUGAUGCUCGUUACUCUGCCGGUGUAUCCCGAGGUGACUGAGAAAGGAGGCAAUGGAAAGGGAAAACUCCAUCUUUGGCUGACGGACAACACGCACAUUGUUGAUAUUGGGCCGGUAUCCGGGAAGGAUGAUGACGCUGCCGCCAGCUCCCUGUUGUACAAAAGUGAUGGAAGUGGAACUAAUGAGAAGGAAGAGUUGAUUGCACUGUACGAGAAGAAGAAGGACGGUGGGAAACCAUCACCCGGUAUGGUCUCUGUGCUUCUGACUGCGCAGCUGCAGCGUGUGAAGGAGGUGCUGGCGACGUGGAAGAAAGUGGACGAAACUGUCUCCAAGCUGUGCACCACUUCAAGUGCUGAGAAGGAUACCUCAUCUGGCACUGCCAUGCCGACAAAUGGGCUGGUUGGCUUUCUGUCCGGCAACUUCUCUAAUGACACAUGGAGGGACGAGUACCUCGGGGUGAACGCCACAGUGAAGAAGAAAGAUGAGGCAGCAGCGUCAACAGUAACGAAAGAAGGGGCUGCAAAGGCGGAGGAUGGUGUGAAGUUCACGGGAGCGUGGGCGGAGUGGCCCGUUGGCGAGCAGGGGAAGAAUCAGCCGUACCACUUUGCGAACUACAACUUCACUCUUGUGGCGACGGUGUCCAUCCACAAUCUGCCGGAGGGAGAUACCCCCAUUCCUUUGUUGGGUGUGAAGAUGAAUGGCGAUAAUAAUAAAGUACUUCUGGGACUGUCGUACAACAAAGAAAGGAAGUGGCAGCUGUCUUGCGGUGGCGGAACGAACUCUCAGGAGCACAGCAGCGCUUGGGAUAAAGAGAAAAAGUACCAAGUGGCCAUUGUGCUACGGAACGGCACCCAAGGCACCGCCUACGUUGAUGGUAAAAGUGUGUGUGGGUAUGAAGCGUGUGCAUUGGAGAAUAAGGAUUCAGAAGAGGUAUCCCACUUCUACAUUGGAGGAGGCGAACGCACUGCAGGCGGUGCAGGGAACCAAGAAGACGUGUUUGUGACUGUGAGGAACGUAUUGCUCUACAACCGCCCGUUGAGUGCUGCGGAGAUUGGCGCCCUCAACCCGAAUAAAGUCCUCAUUCCACCUGUGGUGCCUGAAAAUGGCCAGGGAACCCCGUCGCAGUCCUCUUCUGCCGGGCAAUCGCCGUCGGUGCCUAAAUUGUUGAAUGAAAAUGAGGGUGCGGGCGGUGGCAGCACGUCCACAUCAGCAACGUCCACUGUAACGAAUUCAGGAGAAGAGUCAGUAAAUCAGUUGGCGUUGCGCGCUUCUCCCGGUGGAAGUAAACAUGUGGAUGUCGCUUCUUCAUCCGACGGUGAUCCAAGGGUGGGAGCGGAAGGUGGAGAUGCUGUGCAGGGAGACACACCACCUAAAACUCCUGUGGAUACUACCGCCACAGCAGAUGCAAACGCUCCUACCGCUACGAACGUGGCCCAAGUUGGCCCCGCAGAUACAACUGAGGUGGCUGCGAGCUCUGGUGCGAAUGGGGAGACGGCGGGAGGAACGGAAGUACAGGGAGAGCUCAAUUCACAGGUCAGGGGAGUAAAUGCCACGGCACUCAGCAGCAGUCUUGUAAAUGUGUCGCAGGGGAAUAACACCGAUGCCGGCACUGUGUGCGGGAGCGGACUGCUGCCAUCGCUUCUUCUGUUGGGACUGUGGGUGUUUGCGGCUCUGUGA